AUGGUCCUCUUAACAACAGUGAUAUAUUUCACUGCUAAUCUACUUUCAAGACGGCGAGGACGACAGCAAAUUCAUCUACAUCCCCCUCCUGGACACAGGAAGUGUCAACAACGUGCAAAUAAUUGGGUUCGUCGUCGUCAUGUUCUUCUUGGUGGCGACGGCUUAUGCUUACAUGGAGUACGGUCUCUUCGACAACACCAGGCGACAGAACCAACCGAAGGUGUCCAGCCUGACGAGCGACGAGAUCCUGAGCUGGGCCGACGGCGACCUCCUCCUGCCGGCAAUCGAGGCCACGGAGGCGCCCCAGCACUGGCACACGUACGCCCACCCCCCACAACGAGGUCGCCGACUCGUGGUACUCCCCGCCCGCCGCCUCCGUGCCCUACCCCGAGGAGCAGACGUACCCCUGGGGCCCGGCGCCGCCCACACGCCGCCGCCGCACGCCCGCACUACCGCCCCGGCGCCCGCCGCGCCCGCGCCCAAGGCGCCCUCCCGCCGGCCCCCGCACGCCCCUACGCCCCUCGCCCGUCGCAGAGGCAGCCCGCCGCCCAGAGGAGGAGGACCGUCGUCCGCCGCAGGACGACCCCGCGCCCCUACCAGCCGGCGGCAGAGUACUCCUACGAGGACUACGACUACAACUACAACUACAACGACGACUAUUACUACUACGACGACCACUACGACGACUACUACUACGACGCGCCCCCGCAGCGCCUGAACCGGCGUCCGAGACCAGACCGAGGCUCCCAGUACUACUACCCGACGACCCCCUUGCCCGCCUACUCCACGACCACCCGGCUCCCCGACACGACCGCGGCGACGACCCCCAGCGCCAGCCCGGCCUCCACGACGACCCUCAAGACCUGGACCGAGACCAGACCCACCAGCAAGUACGCCGAGACCAUAAGAACGGUACGACCUCCUUACAAGACCGUGGACGACCAGGACUGGGCUCGAUUCAACGCCGAGAAGAAGACAUAGAGUCGUCGCUAACAAGAAGAACGGUACCAAAAGCAACCUUACACUAUUGGUAAAAAAAAAAAAAAAAAUAAUAAUGGUAAUUAUUAACAAAAUUCUGGCGUCUUAGUCAAAGGAAAUACUUAUUUUGGCUUUAUUGUUUUUGGUAAAAAGGCGUC